AAGGGAACGAGCGAGACAGAGAGAAAGGGAACGAGCGAGACAGAGAGAAAGGGGACCCGAGCAAAAGAGAAUUCCAACAACCUCCCACCUCCCAGAGGUCAAAGGGCACGUCGAUGAUUUACUCCAAGACGAGGAGUUAUCUCGUCUCCCCUGGCCCACCUGCCUCUCAGAGAGGAGAGGGAAACUGGAGAGCCCCACGCGGGAGAAGGAGAAGCGGGCGGCGUAUUUUUAGACGGCGGUGACCGAACGUGCGGUCACCGCCGAGUUUACAGUUAAAAAUACAGAUGUCCAUGUAAAACAGUCCGGGGACGGCGUGCGUCACACCAUUAGUUGUCUUAUAACUGAUGUCCAUCUCAAAGACUGCUUUCUUCGUACAGUAGGCCUAGGCUAUUUAUCAUCAAAAUACCGUGCGCCGCCCGGGAAUCGAACCCGGGUCGCAAGAAUGGGAAUCUUGCAUGAUACCACUACACCAGCGGCGCAGCUCUCCAGGCUUAGGUAAUAUUUUAGUAACAAUUCGAAUUGCCAUUCCUACACCUAUUUCGUUAUAACUAAUGAUUUUAAAUCUCAGCGACUGCUUUCUUCGUCCAUUAUUGAUCGGUAUUCAUGCGUAUAAUAUCCAUCAUCAAAAUACCGUGCGCCGCCCGGGAAUCGAACCCGGGUCGCAAGAAUGGGAAUCUUGCAUGAUACCACUACACCAGCGGCGCAGCCUGCCAGAGUUUGGUAAUGUUUUUUACAAAAUCAUUUGCUCAACAAAGUGUUACCAAUACCAAGUUGCAUUUCAUUUUCACUCAGGAAACGUUGACUUCCUUAUCUUGUGGCCACACAUUCAGAGCCGUCGGAGACAUGCUUUACUGAACGUGUAGGUCUUCAUUGGGGUAUAAACAUCAAGCCAAUAUCAAUACAAAGUUUAUCAGCCAAACUGCCCUGCGUUUGGCUGCGCUGUCAGCAUUUUGAUAAAAAGAAACUGCAACGGGAAUAGAUAGAUCUGAGAAUUAAUUGACUGAAAGGAGCAAAGGAAGUGAUUUAAAUUUGACUGCAGGAGAUGCCUAUUUGGCAGUAGAUUUGGGUGCCUCUUGAAUUUAUGGAGUUUUCUGAACAUAUAAGGACCGCAAACGUGGAGAAUGUGGUGCUGCGACAGCCGUUCCAUCCAUCGACCAAAGGCACAUUAUGCAUUACCGGACACCACCUUAUCUUUUCUGAUCGAGAGAGCCAGAGCUGUCGACAGGUACUUUUGCUCCUCCGGAAUAUCGAUGCCAUCGAGAAAAGCGUGGAAAACCUUUUGGGGAAUUCCGGUCUCCUCUCUAGUGCUCGAUGGAAGGAAAGGGCACCUGGACCCUCCUCCGGGACUCUCACCAUUAAGUGCAAGGACCUGUGUGUUUUCCAGUUGGAUAUCCCGGGCAUGGAGCAGUGUCUAAACAUCGCUCACUCCAUCGAGGCGUUGUCCUCCAUGAAUGAAGUGGCAGACAUGUAUCCCUUCUUUCACAGGCCCCAUGACGCCAGCCUACAGGACCAAUGGGGUCUCUCCAGCCCCCAACACCAGUACCAUCAAAUGGAGGCGCUGCAGCGAGGCAGGUGGCGCCUGAGCUAUGUGAACGGAGACCACACAGUGUGUCCCUCCUACCCGCCCACUGUCCUCGUCCCCAAGGCCAUCAGCGAUGAGGUGCUGCUGAAGGUGGCCAGGUUCAGGCAGGCGGGGCGCUUCCCCGUCCUCUGCUACCACCACAGGAAGAACGGCAAGGUUAUCAUGCGCAGCAGUCAGCCCCUGACGGGAGCCAAUAGGAAACGCUGCCAGGAGGACGAGCUCCUCCUCCAGGCUGUGAUUGAUGGCUCGGACAAAGGUUACAUCAUUGACACACGCUCCAGUCAGCAGGCACAGCAGGCCAGGAUGACGGCGGGGGGUGGGUUUGAGUCCACAUCCAGCUACCCUGGCUGGACAAGGCUGCACAGGCAGAUGGAAAAGGGUAAAGCCCUCCAGGAGAGCCUCAUUAAAGUGGUGGAAGCCUGCGGGGACCAGACAAACAACAUGGACCGCUGGCUCAGCAAGCUGGAGAACUCCAAGUGGCUCUACCACGUCCAGACUGCUCUGUCCACGGCCGGGCUGCUGGCAGAGUGUGUGGAGAGGGACGGCCAUUCAGUCCUGGUUCAUGGUUCUGAAGGCACAGACUGCACCUUGCUCAUCAGCACUCUGGCACAGCUCAUUAUGGACCCAGCCUGCCGCACGCUGGAAGGCUUCCUUACUCUGCUGGAGAGGGAGUGGGUUCAGGGCGGCCACCCGUUUCAGCAGCGCUGUGCCCGGUCGGCCCAUUCCCACGCCCGGCUGCAGCAGGAGGCCCCCGUGUUCCUGCUGCUGCUGGACUGCGCGUGGCAGCUGUGGUACCAGUUCCCCCUGGCCCUGGGGUUCUCCGAGGACCUGCUCCUCAGGCUGGCCACUGAGGCCUAUGCCUCCGACUAUGGCACCUUCCUCUGUAACAGCGACCGGGAGAGGUGUGCCAUUGGUGUGAAGGAGAAGACUCACUGUCUUUUCCAGGCCCUGCUGAAGCCAGAGGAGAGAGAGCUUUACAGCAACCCCCUAUAUGAGUCCACUGAGCUGGCUAUCUGGCCCUCGGUGCACCCCCAGUCCCUGCAACUUUGGAGUGGCAAGUCUAUGUCGCUUUCCUGACCUUUAUGAAAAAUAACCUUUAUUGAUAACAAUCCUGUCGAUGGUAGGAAUGAUAUUUUUCCUGACUGAAAUUAGUCAUGUCGUCCGCAGGCUUUUUCCUGAGGUGGAGCCAACAAGGACGUCAUCUAGAAGAGGCCCACGGCGAAAUGAGGAACAUGAUCUGCCAGUGGGGAAGGUUAGCGUGUCGGUGAAGUGUGUCUGUAGCUCCACCUGCUGGAGGAUUGGCGCCAGAGGAGAUCCAGAGAGUACAGAAUGUUGAAACCCCUCACGAUUUGUUUGGAUGCUUAUCGGAUGAAGAGACUACGGACCAACUGUUUAGACUGUACAAUUAUGUAGUACUACUGUUCAUUAUCAACUGUUCAUUAUUAUGUAUAAUGUCGAAUAAUUUAAAAUACUUUAACCAUGACACAA